AUGUGGUCGCCUCAGUACUCCGACGAAGAUGAAGAUGCAUGUGACGUCUCGCAAUCGCAGGAUACCAUUCGGGAGCGCGACGAGUACGUGGACAAUGAUCCUGGGUUGAAGGUCGUGGAAGGGGAGGGGCUGACGGAAGAGAUGAACGCGAUGAAGGAAGUGUUCAUGCGCAUGUCUGAAAAGAAAGUGCGCCAAAAGGAACAAGGUCAGCGCGAUUGUGUUCGAGUAUAUUCCGAAGCAUUCCAGAGCGACAUCGAACGCAUCUUCACGACGUCGAAAAAGAGCUGCAUCGCAGAAGCACAAAAACUGAACGAAUCCAUCGAGCAAACAUCGACUCGCCUCGAAGAACAAAAGAAAGAGUUGAUGCACGUGCAAGAAUCGUACGAGUGCAGUUUCAGAGAAUCGAUUGAAAAUGUCACGAGCGAAUUGGAGAGGCUGAAAGAGCUGCGGGCGAAAGUGGUUGAUGCGUAUGAACUGGGAAAGCACGAAGUCGUAAAAGCAUUCGAGGAAGCAUUUGGAAGUGUCGACACAAUGACAUGCCGCCUUCAAGGCCACGCAGCUCAAAUCUAUUCCGACACAAGUUAUGUCAAAGCGUUCCAGAGUCAAGUCGAGCGUUUGAUGUAGCCAAGGUUCCAAGCGUCA